AUGAAGAUGACCGAAAAACUCAUCCAAAUACCUCGCUCCCAACUUCUAUACUCUCAUCCAUCACCAAUACACGCCCUCAAAUCACUCACACUGAAUCACCUUAAACCUCCAAUAUCCAUCCACGCAAAACGCGAAGACCAAUCAUCCCCCCUAGCCUGCUCAGGCAACAAAUAUCGCAAAUUAGAAUAUAUAGUUCCCGACAUUCUAUCCUCAACCCCAAAAUACGGCUACCAUGAACUUCACCCAAGAGAAGAAAAUCUCCCCGGCCCAGCAACCACCCUAGUAACAGAGGGCGCUAUCCAAAGUAACCACACAGUCCAAGUGGCCGCCCUAGCACGCAAACUAGGUCUAAAAGCUCAUAUCCUACUACACCGCGGGACAGGCGGUGGACUACGAACAGCUACCGACAAGACAUCAUUCUUGCGCGCAGGGAAUGUACAGGUAAAUCGGCUUUUAGGUGCCGAUGUACACGUCUACGACGAGGGGGAUCCAGUGGCGGAUGAUGCGAAUCCGGUAUUGGAGGAUUUGCGCGCGCGGGGUGAGAUCCCUUAUUGGAUUCCUGGUGGGGCGAGCUUGCAUCCGCUUGGUGGGCUGGGGUAUGUUCGAGGAGCGGUGGAGAUUGUUGAGCAGGAAGAGGUGCUUGGGUUGGGUGGAUCGGGGAGGUUUGAUGUUGUGUUUGUGGCGUGUGGGAGUGGCAGUACGGUUGGGGGGUUGAUUGCGGGGUUUAGGAUGCUGGAGAAGAGUGGAAUGGCUCCGAGGAAAGUUAUCGGGGUUUUGAAUUCUCCGACGAAGCCGAGGAGUUAUCAUGAGGAGAGGGUACUUGCUUUUGCGAGGCGGGCUGGGACGUUUGUUGGGUUGGAGGAGGGGGAUAUCAGUAUGAAGGAUGUGUGCCUUGAGGAUCGGUUUGUUGGAACGGGGUAUGGGGUUUUGGAUACGGAUACUAGUCUUGCUUUGGAGACCAUGGCGCAAAUGGAGGGUGUUCUCCUGGACCCGGUGUAUACUGCCAAAGUGGCUAGGGGAAUGAUGCAGUGGGUGCAAGAAAAGGAGAUGAAGGAUUAUGCCGAACAAUUGGACUUGAAACAGGUAAAUGUGUUAUUUAUUCAUACGGGUGGACAGACUGCUCUGGGAGCAUACGCAGAUAGAAUAUGA